AUGGCCGACUCCGUUCCGUCUUUCCGCAAGACUGUCGUCUGCAGUCUGUGGGCCAGUCUCAGCUUGGCGACAGCGCAGGCCGCAGGCGGCUUCUACAGUCCACCUCCGCAAGAUACUUUUCCCUAUGGCGCCUACGAUAAUUCGGCUUCACGGGGGCCAGGGUUCAGCGGCGGCCUUGGCGCGUUUUCUGGGGGGCCCUCGCAGCAGGCUUUCUCUGGCCCAGCGGCACGGCUGACUAGUCCGUACGGUUUAUCAUCGCAGCAGCCCGCGUCGAGUUUCUCUCCCGGUUUGGGCCCGGUCCCAGGUUAUUACGGCGAUCCAACCGACCCGCACCAAGGGCUGUAUCCUCACCGAGCCCCUGCGAAGGAGGAAGAAGGUUUCAUGGUGCAUGGAAGACAGGAGCCAGGCAUCCGGGAGAGUCCGCCCCGUGCUGCGUCGCCACAGCACGCAUACGACACUGAGUACAGAGGCCCACACGAUGACGAGGUCAGGCACAGUGGUGAAGAGGAAAGACACGGCGGUUACAGACCACGCCCGAAACCCGCGAAGAAACGACGAGGCAGCGAAUCUGAGCCUGACGCCGUCAUUGCGGGUUUAAGUGAGAAGCUGAGAGACUUGAAGCUAACGGACCAUCAGCCUCUCCCUGAAGUCAGGGGUGUGAAAACAAUGCUCGCAGCUGCCACCCUCUAUGGACUGAACAUUUUGGGACUGCCUCUGGCGCUUAUCACCUUGGGAGUAGGAGGAAUGAGAUAUUUAAGGAGCAAAGAAGAACGUGAACGCUCCCUUGUUGAGAGGUCGAAUUUCCGCAAGAAUAAAAAGGGCACCAAUUAG